AUGUUUUCGAACCCUAAGCUCCUCGAAGCGUUCCAGGCCCUCUGGUAUCUUUCGCAGCGCAAAGUUACACUGAGUCCCCUGAACCUCCUUGGGUUCUCGCGGAGGUUGCAACUGGUGUGUAGCACCGUCAGGGGCACAUACGUUCCACCAAAUCUCGGCUUGAACCACCCACCAGCUGUGACAUGUCGCACUGCUCCCGAGGAUGAGAGAUUUGGUGUUGAGGAAGAGUUUGUGCGGCGCUCGUCACCGAAGAUCCAUCGGCUCGAAGAGCAAAAUGCUCGAGUCGAAGUUGUUGUUUAG